AUGAGGGGCAAGUUCAAGAAGCCAGCUCUGAAGAAAGUGCGUAUGUCUGCUGAUGCUAUGCUCCAGGCUCUGCUCGGCUCCAAGCACAAGGUGACCAUGGAUCUGAGAUCCAACCUGAAACAAGUUAAGAAAGAUGAGAAGAAAGAGGUGAGUAUCUGUCCAUUAGGCUAACACAUUAUAUUAUAGAGAUAUCCCAUCGGGAGACAUUGUUCAUGUUGAAUGAACUUUAGGCCUUACAAUUCCACCGUUCAUUGUCUUCUCACCCUUUCUAUCAUCACAGGAUAAGGAUUUGCGUGACGUUGGUGACUGGCGUAAGAACAUUGAUGACAAGGCUGGCAUGGAUGGCAGGAAGAAGAUGUUUCAGGGAGAUUCUUAG